CCAAGGAGACGAACUCCUAGAGAGGCUUCCAGUGAAGGGGGCGGGGAGGCCGCUUCCUCCCUUCCCCAUUGGAGUCUGCAGGCGGGAAAGUGUCCCACUCCUGCAGCCCCAUCGGCAGCCCCUUCCCGGAGGGAUGAGCAGUGGAAUGAGAGUGAUAGAACAGUGCUAAAUAAAGUCCAGAAUGGACUUUGGAAGGAAUCUUCAGGAAUCCAGAUGUGCCUAAUAAGCAGAAAGGAAGUCACAUGACUAAAAACAGGGAUAAACCUAUUUCAUGCCAAGGGCAGGAUUUCAAGGAAUUAAUCCAAACAGCAGAGGAAGCACAUCAGUGCUUGGAAUGCGGGAUGACAUUUUCAGAUCAAGGCCAAUAUGAGAUCCAUCUGCAAAUGAACAGUGGAAAGAAGACCCAUCAAUACUUAGAGUUUGGAAAGAAUUAUGUUAGCAGAACAGAGCUACCUAGUUAUCAAAGGACAUAUAAAAGAGAGAAACCUUAUAGCUGCACAGACUGUGGAAAGAACUUCUCACGAAAAUCAGACCUUUCUCAAAUGCAUUGUGGGACAUAUUCAGGAGAGAAUCCAUUAAUCCGCAAAGAGAGUGGAAAGGCCUUCUCUGGUAUAAGAAAGGGCAGUGUACAUCUCCCAAAGCACAGUAUGAUAAGGGCACAUAAAUGUUUUUGGUGCAGAAAGUUCUUCAGCUGCAGAUCAAAGCUCCAGGUGCACCAAAGAACUCACACAAAGGAGAGACCUUUUGAAUGCUCAGUGUGUGGAAAGAGAUUUAGUCUGAGUGGCACUCUUGAACAGCACCAAAGAACUCACUCAAAAGAGAGACCUUUUGAAUGCUCAGAGUGUGGAAAGAGAUUCAGUCAAAGUAGUGAUCUUCAAAAGCAUCAAAGAACUCACACAAAGGAGAGACCAUUUGAAUACUCAGUGUGUGGAAAGAGAUUCAGUCAGAAUAGCAAUCUUCAAAAUCAUCAAAGAACUCACACAAAGGAGAGACCUUUUGAAUGCUCAGAGUGUGGAAAGAGAUUCAGUCAGAGUAGUGAUCUUCAACAGCAUCAAAGAACUCACACAAAGGAGAGACCUUUUGAAUGCGCAGUUUGCGGAAAUAGAUUCAGUCAGAAUGGAAGUCUUCAACGGCAUCAAAGAACUCACACAAAGGAGAGACCUUUUAAAUGCUUAGAGUGUGGAAAGAGAUUCAGUGGGAGUAGCAAUCUUCAACGGCAUCAAAGAACUCACACAAAAGAGAGACCUUUUGAAUGCUCAGAAUGUGGAAAGAGAUUCAGUCUGAGUGGCAAUCUUCAAAAGCAUCAAAGAACGCAUACAAAGGAGAAACCUUUUGAAUGCUCAGAGUGUGGAAAGAGAUUCAGUCAAAGUAGCCAUGUUCAAGCCCAUCAAACGACUCACACAAAGGAGAAGCCUUUUGAAUGCUCAGUGUGUGGAAAUAGAUUCAGUCAGAGUGGAAGUCUUCAACGGCAUCAAAAAACUCACACAGAAGAGAGACCUUUUAAAUGCUCACAGUGUGGAAAGAGAUUCAGUCGAAGUAGCAAUCUUCAGCGGCAUCAAAGAACUCACACAAAAGAGAGACCUUUUGAAUGUUCAGAGUGUGGAACUAGAUUCAGUGAGAGUGGAGGUCUUCAAGAGCAUCAAAGAAGUCACACAAAUGAGAGACCUUUUGAAUGCUCAGAGUGUUGAAAGAAAUUCAGUCAUAGUAUGUCUUGAAAAGCAUCAAAGAACCCACACAGGGGAGAGACAUUUGUAGUGCUCAUUGUAAGGUCCCUGUCCACUCCCAGAUGAGGCACCCCAAUUUUAUUCAAUUUUAUUUCUUAUCUUUUGCUUAGCUUUUUCUUUAGCAAUUAGUUUUCUCACUCAUCCAUCAAGGUUUUAAUUUCAUUUGGCUACCUAAAUAGCAUCCCACAGUUCAAG